AUGCUGGGCAAGGUGGCCAAGGGCGUGGGGGGCGUGCUGAAGGGCGCGGUGGAAGGUGUCACCUUCUCCCGUGAAGAUACCGAGGUGACGGCGCUGCUCAACAGAUUGGCAGAGAGCGUGCUGCCAGAGGACAAGAGGACAGCUGUGGCUGAACUGAAGGACCUUGUGGAAGACAAUCCAAGGGCCCAACUUGUUGUUGGCUCAAAGGGCCUCCCAGCUCUAUGCGGUGUGCUCUUCAAGGACAGAGAUGACAUUGAGAUGGUCCGGGGUGCCUUGGAGGUGUUGGUUUAUGCCUUUUCAGGAGAGAGGGAAGCAAGGCCAACCUCAGGACAAGAUCAGGAGGCAGCUGCUGGGGCCAUCAACGUUGAGUUGUUCACUCAGAAGCCAGAGAACAUCGCAGUGUUGCUGUCGCUCCUUGAAGAUGAGCCUAUAGGAGUGGAGGACUUCUACGUGCGCUAUCAUGCCGUUCAACUGCUCACUUCCCUUGCCAACACAAGCAUCUACAAACUUCAGGAAGCCAUCCUUGGAAGUCCCCUGGCCACUGUCCGGUUGAUGGAUCUUUUGACAGAGAGGGAAGCUAUCCGGAAUGAGGUGCUGUUGCUCCUGAUCUCGCUGACAAGACAGAAUGAAGAAAUCCAGAAGAUCGCAGGUUUUGAAGGGGCCUUUGACCGUGUCUUCAGCAUCAUCAAUGAAGAAGGUGGUGCUGAUGGUGGGAUCGUGGUACAUGACUGCUUGGAGCUGGCUAGCAACCUACUCAGAGACAACACUGUGAACCAGGGACUGUUCAGGGAGAUGGGUUACAUACCCAGGCUAUGUUCAUUGCUGCAGCUGUCGGACCCCUCCAACCAGGCUGCAGUACAGCCUGGCAGUAUGUCAGCCCAAGGCAUGUCUGCACAAAAGGCUUCCAACUUAGCAACAGCCUUGGAGACCGCUUCCCUGCUGCUCUGCACGCCACCUGCCGAUGCGGACCCGACCCUGGUCGAGAACCACAGGGCAAAUCAGGCUGCCUUUGCACGUAGCAGGGCGGUGGCCAUCCUGGCCCAACUUGCAUUUCACGAUGGCGGUUUGGCGGCUUUGAAUGUCAGAGUGGGGGCCCUGACGUGCAUGGCUGGAGUAGUUCGUUGUGCCGCAGAAUUGCAGGAGUCCAUGGGCACGAUUGUUGUCUGGAUGGAAGGGCAACCUGUAGCAUUGUUGCUGGCUGCUCUGCGCGUGGCCACAGAUGGAACAGAGGCUUGUGAGCGCCAUGCUGCAGACCAUGCACUCAAGUGCUUCUUCAUGAACAACCCCUCUGGUAGCCUUGCAACAAUGUCCAGCUUUGCACCAGGUGUUGCGCAGCCCAGUUUCGGUGGGGAGAUCAUUCGACGUCUGGCCACAUGCGCGGAGGGGAGCAUUGCAGGGUGCCGUGUGGCAAGGGUUGUGCGGUACCUGCUGGCGGCGGGCCCAGAAGUGAAGGGUGGGCUGCUGCGCACUGUUGUGCAGCUGCCCUUUGCAGCUGGGGGUGGACAGGAGCUCCUGCUCCCAUGGUGCGUGAGCCUCUUGUCUUUCUGCCUGCAGCACGGCUCUAGCUGGGCCAUCCUUUGCACCCUCCUGCAGCUCCUGGUGCUGUGGACGCACUGCUGCCCGCCGGCGGUUCAGGCACUGCUGGAGCCGGAGCAAAAUGCCGUGCUGCUGAUUGGCAUGCUGACCAAUGGGCCUGGGUCACAGGAUGCAGCGGUGAUGGGACUGGCCGCUCUGUUGAUUGGGGCGUGUUUGAUUGCAACGCAGAGGCCCGACCUGCCAGCAGGUUCAAUGCCACCCGAGCCUGUUGAGAGCUUCCUACUGGACAUAGUGCACAGCAGGAUUGGUGCCCAGCGGUACCUAGGCGCCUUAGACAGGCUGCAGACGCUGCCCCUAUUCACGCAGCAACACCAAUCAGCCCAUCCUGGCAGCGGCAGGCUCGAAGACGGAACAGAAGAUGACACACCCAUUUUCGACGACGACUUCAAGGCACUGACUUCAGAGGUCGCCGGACAGGUGCACCAUUGCCUUUCCAUGCGCUACAGCUCCCAGCCUGUGACCCAACCUCAGGCCCCUGUUCCCAUGCUUGCAGUAUCACAGGCGCCCGUGCCGCCACAGCCGCCACCUCCCCCUCCACCGCCGCCCCCUCCCCCGCCUCCCACGCCUCCACUGACGUCUGGGGCUGCGCCGUACGGCGCGCAACCGGCAGGUGGUGUAGAUCAGCUGGCCAUGCUGCAGCAGGAGCUGCAAAACUUGCAGAUGGAGAAUCGGAAAUUGAGGAACGACAUGAGGGCGAUGGCGACAGGGGCGGCUCCACAGCGGGCCCAGGAGACGAAGGCGCUGCAGGAGGCUGAAGCGCGGGCCCUGCAGGCGGAGCUGGAGGCCUCCAGCUCGAGACGGGAGCUGGACCGGCUGAGCGCGGCGCAGGCGGAGGUACGGCAACAAGUGGCACAGGCGCAGCACGAGGCACAACUGGCAGCGGAAAGGGCCGACCGCAUGGAAGCCGACUCGAAUGAAAUGUCCCGGCAGUACGCACACCUGGAGAGGCACGCGGCCCUCCUAGAGGACAAGGCUCGGCGCUUGGAAGAGGAGCUCAGUGGAAACAGGACGUCUCCUGCCCCAGGGCCCGGUCCGGACGAGCAGUCGAAGGCUGCAGAGGAGGCGAGGGCGGAGGCGGACGAGGAGCUGGCGGACCUGCUGAUGUGCCUGGGCCAAGAGGAGGAGAAGGUCAAGAGGCUGUCGCGGCGCCUGCAGCUGCUUGGAGAAGACGUGGGCACGUUGCUGGAGGGGGUGGGGGGCGAGGGCGACGCCUGA